UCCGGUUGCAGACGACAAGUGCGAGUGAGUAAUGUAGGUUGGACAAUAUUUUGAAAAAAAUGGUGACAAGUCAAAUUUUCACAGCAACUACAGAUGGAAAUAUUUCUUUUCUGUCGACGUUAAGUUCUGAACAACUCACAGACAAGAUCGUAGAUGAGAAGGGGGCCAAUUGCUGCCAUUAUGCAUCAAGGGCGGGUAGAGUAGAUGUUAUAGAGUAUCUUGUUCAGGCCAGACAGUUCAACCACCACAAGCGGUCCAUGGUGGGCUCUACUCCAGCCCAUGAUGCUGCAGCUUCAGGGAAAUUAGCCACUGUACAAUGGUUAUUGAAACAAGCCAAACCUCCUUUGUCUCCAGAUGAUCAAGAUGGCACUGGAGCAACUAUAUUGCAUUUGGCAGCUAGAUAUGGGCAUGCUUCACUUGUAGAAUGGAUUCUUGAUAAUACUCGGGGUGAUUUGGCGAUGAUAAAAGCAGCAAGUGGUGCUCUCCCUCUUCAUUUUGCUGCUUCUGGUGGAAGUGUGGACACUGUUCAAAUUCUAUUAAAGGAUUCUCCUAGAUCUGUGAACAUGCAAAUGACAAAUGGAGCAACCUCAAUAUAUAUUGCUGCACAGAGUGGGCAUUUAGAGGUCCUCAAGUUACUAGUUCAAAAAGGUGGCACUGUUAAAAUUCAUGCAUAUGAUGGCAUGUCAUGUUUACAUGCUGCAUCCCAAAGUGGACAUCUUGAUUGUGUGAAGUUUUUGGUAUUGGAACAGAAAUGCAAUGUUAAUGAACGAGACUUUGACGGAGCUUCCUGUCUUCAUUAUGCAGCAAGCAUGGGUCAUACUGAAGUCGUUAGAUGGCUGUUGACAGAGGGAGGGGCCAAGGUCACCCUGGAUAACCUUGGAGGCAGUCCUCUACACAAUGCAGCAGAAGUGGGACAUCUCAAGGUUGUGAGAGUUCUACUGGAGAACCACUGUAAUCCAGAUAUAACAGACAACCAAGGUUUAACAGCCUCUGAGUUAGCAGAGAGGUGUUCUAAUGAUCAGUGUGCUAAAGAAAUCAAAGUAAAACAAGUUGGUGUUGAUGUGGAAGAAGCCAACCAGUCUUGGACCCAUCAUUUAGAGACAGCAUCCAUUGCCAGUAGAUCCAGAAGGCAAGAUUGUGAAGAUUCUGGAUCUUGCACACUUUCAGAGGAGACAGGAGAAUGUGAAAAGAGAGAUUACAGACAAAUUGAGCUGUCAGAUGAGACAAAUAAUAACUGGGACAUAACUGAACCAGUCAACCAUACAUCUUCUCAAAGUACCACCUCAUUUGAUAACCUAGAGGACUCCUCACAUAGUCAGCCAGACAUUGACUCUACGCAUUCUAUAAUCCAUUUCAACAAAUCAGUUACCCGGACCAAAUCCUUUGGUACCUCAGAUUUCCUACAGAGGUAUAGUGGGGUCAGAGAGUUACCUCCCCUGACUCAGAGACCAGCAGCCCCUAUUAUUCAGGUGCCACCUUUACACAAUAGAGGCAGGAUGGAUGGAGUGGAGAAGGAAGCGGUGGAACAGUUGUCUCCCCAUACCUAUAGAAGCAGCAGGACAUUAUUACUGACAGAGCUCAAUGACAAAGUCAAAACUGUGCAGGUCAAUGGGGAGGAGUCAACCAACUGUGAACAUGAAAAUAUCAGCAGUAGCAGAAUUGAGCCUAGAGACAAGUCAGAGAAUUCACAAAGACCCAGUCCCACUUCUUCCUCCUUUUCGGGGUCAGCCAGGAGUAGUCCUACUCCACCCCACACGGGACUGAUUGCUGAACUGAAGAAAGCUGCUGUUGCUCCAACCUUAAAGAAAACCAAAAAACCAACUGAGGAAGGAAAAAUGAACUUCAUAUACUCAUUUGGAGGACCAGUAAAAACUGGUUCAUUAACCAAUGGAGCUGCUAAUCAUAAUUCCAGUGAACACUCUUAUCAGCCAAAGAAAGAAAAAAUUGUAUUAGAGGGAGACUUUGAUCCCAAAAAUUUCUUGGACCAAGUUGAAAGUGUAGAUAAAUCUGGAAACCCAAUGCCAGAUUGGAAACGACAAAUGUUGGCCAGAAAUGUUGCAGAGAAAGCUUUUAAAGAGCACGAGGAAAAGAGGAAGCUUGAAGAAAUAGAAGCCAGGUUUAAGAACAUGCCUCUAUGGAAGAGGCAACUAAUAGAAAGAAAAGAGGCUGAAGCAAAAGCUGCAGCAGAGCAAGCACAUAAAAAGAAAUAGCAACAACUAGAGCUGGAGAUGUCCACAGCACAAUUCUAAUCUUACCUUAUGAUUCCUGACUUAAAAUUGCUGUCUCAAAAUGUUUAUGAAAUCCCACAGAUUGUGCAAUUGUCUAAAAUUGUUACUAGUUGUUACAUUGAUAAAAUAUUAUUGUUAUUGUGCAAUGUCUUAUGUUGUUUGCUUGUUUAGUCAAAAUUUCAGCAGAUAUAUAACACACACACACAAUUUUUGGACAGAAUUGCUGUAUUACAAUACAUGUUCAGCUUUUAAAUUUCUGACAAGAUGUUUUGUUUAUAAAUUUAUGCAUAUGUUCACUAUAUUGGAAGUCCCCUAAUAAUGGAGUAUUGGUUGUGAAGAGGUGCUAUUAUAGUUGCAAUGUAUACUGCUUCCAAAUCAGUAGAAUUUUAGAUUCUUUUGAUGUAAAUUUCAAUUGCUGAAGUGUUCAAUUUAAUUUACCACAUUUUUUUUUUUCACUCUGUAUGCAUAUCAUUUUCAAAUGAAAGCAAGUAUUUCACAAAAUUUUAUUCUCAACCGUAUAAUAAAAAUAUUGAUGAUGAAGAUUGCCGAAAAUGGGUGAUUAUUUAUGCAUUAAUAACAGUUUUACAAAAAUGUCCACAUAAUAUUUUAA